AUGUCUCGUGCAGCAAGUCGGGCCAAGUUGGCCGAACUCAAAGCCAAUCGCGCUGCUGGCAAGACGCGCUUCUCCACAUACGAAGUCGAAGAAGAAGAGCAAUUGUACGACGAGGUCGACGAAGACGGAUACAAGAAGAUUGUCCGAAGCCGGUUAGAUCAGGAUGACUUCAUUGUCGACGACAACGGCGAGGGAUAUGUUGAUGAUGGUAGAGAAGAGUGGGAAGAUGGACAGGGCCGCCACCGCAAUGCUGCCACGGACAGCGAGGGAGAAGACGAGCGGCCCGCCAAAGGAAAGGCUGCCAAACGUAAACGCGACGAAGAAAAGGAAAAGCAGGAGAAGAUCAACAACGGUAUCAGCAAGUACUUCAGCGCGAAGAAUGCUGCAAAGGCACCAAAACCGAAGCCGCUGGCUACUGCCGCCGACAAAGACUUCAUGGACGAUCUGCUUGGUGAAAUCGAUACUAACCCCGUCCGCCGCUCUGCACCCCGUAUGCGACCUGUCAAGAUCGAAGCACGACGAAAGACCCGCGUCUUGUCCCCGCCGAUAUCCGAAAAUCGCCCAGCUACGACGAAGAGGCGGACAACCGACUCAGAUUCAUAUAUGCCCGAUACACCGCCAGCGGAGAAUACAUACGCAGAUGAUGGCCUUCCCACAUUUGACGACGAUGUCCCCAUGAGCGAUCCUCCGCUACAGUCAUCGCCCGUUGCAAAGGCUGUAGAACGAAGAGCACAGCCGCCGGUCAAGAUCGAGGAGGAAGAAGACGACCUGAUGGAGGUGGCUCAGCCUACUGGUCACCUCGGGGUUCCUACUGCUAGUGUGAAUAUGGCUGGGAGGCGGCCAGUAGCCAAAAUCAAGAAGGCCGAUUACCCUACACCAGCCACCUCAUCUCCUGUAGGACCUUCUACUGCCAUCGACGCAUCUUCUUGGAACGAUGUCACUAGCAAGCUCAACGUUAUGAGCAGCCCCGCCCCGCAGUCUACUGGCGUUGGCAAAAUGAGGCCAGAGGACGCACUAGAAGAAGAUGGCAGCCUGCGAAUGUUUUGGACAGACUACACCGAGGUCAACGGCAGUCUGUGUUUGUUCGGCAAGGUCAAAGACAAGAAGUCGGGCAACUACGCGAGUUGCUUCAUGAAGGUCGAUAACAUUCUCCGAAAGUUGUACUUCCUACCCCGGGAGUACCGCCAUAUCAGGGGAGUGACUACCGAUGAAGAGGUCGGACUAAGCGACGUGUCUGAUGAGGUGGACUCGAUUAUGAGCAAGCAUCGCGUCAACCUACACAAGAUCAAGCCAUGCACUAGGAAGUAUGCAUUCGAGCUAGCAGACAUACCCAAGGAAGCAGAUUAUCUUAAGUUGCUCUACGGGUACGACAAGAUGCCUCUUUCCGCCGAAUUGACGGGAGAAACCUUCUCGCAUGUCUUCGGCACCAAUACCUCGCUCUUCGAACAGUUCGUUCUCUGGAAGAACAUCAUGGGUCCAUGCUGGCUCAAGAUCGACGCUCCUGACUUGAACGCCAUCCACAACGCCUCCUGGUGUAAGCUCGAACUUCAGGUCGCCAAACCUAACAGCAUCUCAGUAUUGAGCAACUCGGACAAUCUGGAUGCUCCGCCUAUGACACUCAUGAGCCUUUCGCUCCGAACGACAUUCAAUGCGAAGGACAACAAGCAAGAGAUUCUGAUGGCCAGCGCCAUGAUUUACGAUAACUUCUCUUUGACCGAUACCACUCCAGUCGACGAGAUGCAGUGCAAGAGUUUCACCAUCAUGCGACCCAACGGCGCUGCAUUCCCAACCGGCUUCCAGGCUGAAGUCGAGAAGGUUAAGGGCAACUUCAUGCUCAAGAAGACAGAACAGGAGCUCCUCAGCUUGUUGAUGGCUAUGUUUCAGCGACAUGACCCAGACGUUCUCGUCGGCCACCGGCUGGAUGAUGUGGACUAUAGUGUUCUACUCAGCCGUUUGCGCGAAAAGAAGACCCCUGGGUGGCACCGUAUUGGACGUCUCAAGAGGAGCGAUUGGCCUAAGAGUAUGGGCAAGGGCGGUGGCAGCUUCUUUGCUGAGAAGCAGCUAGCUUCUGGUCGCUUACUUUGCGAUCUCGCCAAUGAUCUCGGAAAGUCUCUUAUGACAAAGUGUCAGUCAUGGAGUCUCGAGGAGAUGUGCCAGCUCGUUCUCAAUAAGCGGCGCGAAGAGCUCGACAAUGAAGCAGCUUUAAAGAGCUGGGCAACCACGAAGGAAGGCCUGCUCAACUACGUCAAGCAUUGCCAGGCCGACGCAUAUUUUAUUGCCGCCAUUUCAAUGAAGGUGCAGAUGCUUCCUCUUACCAAGGUCUUGACCAAUCUUGCUGGUAACUCCUGGGCCCGAACACUGAGCGGGACCCGUGCUGAACGAAACGAGUACAUUCUGCUCCAUGAGUUCUAUAAGAAUAAGUAUAUCUGCCCAGACAAGCAGUGGGGCAAGAGCAAAGUCAAGAUCGAAGAAGACGCAGCCGAGGGUGAAGAAGGCGCAGACGCGAAGAAGAAGGAUAAGUUCAAGGGUGGUCUCGUCUUCGAGCCUGAAAAGGGCUUGUACGACAAGUUCAUCUUGGUCAUGGACUUCAACUCUCUUUACCCCAGUAUCAUCCAGGAGUUCAACAUCUGCUUCACGACAGUCGAGCGAGCCGAUCUUUCCGAGGAGGACGACAAAGUGCCUGAGGUCCCAGAUGCGAACCAAGACCAAGGUAUCUUACCUCGACUCAUUGCCACUCUCGUCUCUCGCCGUCGGGAGGUCAAGAAGCUCAUGAAAGCGAAGGACGCUACACCGGAUCAAUUGGCCACUUGGGACAUCAAGCAACUCGCUCUGAAGCUUACCGCUAACUCCAUGUACGGCUGUUUGGGAUACACCAAGUCACGUUUCUACGCUCGACCACUCGCUAUGCUUACCACGUAUAAGGGCCGAGAGAUUCUUCGAAGGACCAAAGACAUGGCUGAGGAGAAGAUGUUGCGCGUCAUUUACGGUGAUACUGACUCCGUCAUGAUCAACACAAAUGUGGACAAUAUCCAGGAUGCGCUGAAGCUUGGCAACGAAUUCAAGAAGGAUGUCAAUGACAGCUAUAGGCUUUUGGAAAUUGAUAUUGAUAAUGUUUUCCGUCGCAUAUUGCUGCACGCAAAGAAGAAGUAUGCUGCUAUCAACAUGGUACCUGUUGAUGGCAAAUAUAUCGAGAAACUUGAGGUCAAGGGUCUAGAUAUGAGGCGCCGAGAGUACUGUGCGCUCUCGAAGGAGACUUCAACCGAACUCCUUAACUUCCUUCUUAGUGGAGAAGACCCCGAAACCGUCGUCGAGAAAAUUCACAAUCAUCUCCGCGAACUCAGCAAACAAAUGCGCGAAUACACAGUCCCAACCCGCAAAUACACAAUCUACACGCAGCUCGGCAAGAACCCCAAGGAGUAUCCUAAUGGCGGCUCCAUGCCUUCUGUGCAAGUCGCCCUUCGCUUGCAGGCAAAAGGCAAGCAUGUCAAAGCUAAAGAUGUCAUGAGCUUUAUCAUCACAGGCGAGUCGUCAGGCUCAGCAGAAAAUGCAGCGAAGAACGCGUAUCCUGUAGACGAGGUACUGAAAGCGGAUAGUGGGUUGAAGCCAGAUGUGGAGUACUACCUUCACAAACAGAUCCUGCCACCGGUAGAGCGGCUAUGCGCUCCUAUCAGCGGUACAAAUAUCACACUCCUCGCUGCUUGUCUCGGCCUCGACACCAGCAAGUACCGCGUGUCAUCAGUAUCGGGCGGUGCACAACAAGACACGGAGAUUCACCCCCUUGAAUCACAAAUCCCAGACUCUGUGCGAUUCCAAGCCUGCACACCGCUAUGGCUGCGUUGUCGCUCUUGCACUACCGUCUUCCCAUUCCAGGGCCUCUCAUCAACCUCUCCGACUGCCAUGUCAAUACAGACGAUUACCCAUAGUGGGAUUCAAUGUCCCAGUCCAGGCUGUGGCAAGUUACUGCAGACGAUUAGUGUGGUUGCUCAACUCGAGUCCUCCAUCCGACAAUACCUAUCCUCAUACUACGCCGGCAACCUCCUCUGCGACGAUCCGCAGUGCGUCAAUAACUCCAAUCGCACGAGGAGUAUUUCCGUCUACGGCCAUCGCUGUUUAGGUCCCAAGGGGCUGGCUAAAGACUGUUUAGGGAAAAUGACGUAUGAAAUAAAGGAGAGGGAUGUCUGGAACCAGCUCUUGUACUUCCAGUCCCUCUUUGACGUAGAUAGGGUUGGCAAGGGCGAAGCGGGGGUCAAGGUCGAGGAGGGCGCAGAGAAACUAAAGGUGUUGGCGGAGGUCAAUAGGGAGAGGUUUGGCACAUUGAAGGGAGUUGUGGAGAGGUGGUUGGAGAGGAAUGGGCGGCAGUGGGUACAGAUGGAUAGUCUGUUCAGCUUUGCGCUGAAGUCGUAA